AGCUCCUCUUUCAACAACAAAAAAAGCUUCUGUUCUUGCUUUGGGGGAAUGUAUCACCUGACUUAAAAACUGUUCUAAAUAAAUAAUUUGUUUCGUCACACUGUCCACAAAUACUCUUGCAAAAUAGUGGUGGAGUGUUGCAGAAAAAGAGGAACUAGAGAUGGGAGAAGAUUUUCACAUGCAAACAUCUUCACAAUGAGACAACAAUGGAUCUAGACUGUCUUCUCCUCCUCUGCAUCUUCAUGAAUCUCUCAGGGGCUCAAGAUGUCACCACAGUCAGGAAAAUAUCCGUUCAGAAAGGACAGUCUGUCAUAAUUCCUUGUUUAUAUGAACAGAAAUAUGCAUUUUCAUACAAAUACUUGAGUGCUGGAGACAUUUGGUUUUUGAGUAAUGAUAUAAAGUCCUUCGACCAGCGAUAUCAUCACAAAAAGGUAUCGAUCUCUGACGAUUCGUCACGUAACUUCUUCACUGUCCGCUUCGAUGAUGUUCAGGAGUCGGCUCAGUACUGGUGUGCUGUUCAUAUUCCUUCUGGUUUUGAUAAACAUGCAGGCUUCUUCUUGGAUGCCACAGCAGGCCCUCCGAGUCUUUAUGUGAACCGUCAGAACGUGAGCGGAUCUGAGAACGGUAGCGUCACCGUCACCUGCUAUCAUCGUGGGCAAAGAGAUGUGAAAUGGUGUAAGUUUGCAGAUCGCUGCGUGACGGGGAUGUUUGGGACUUUAGACGGAGCCUCGGUUGAGAUCAGAUCUGAUCAGAAACACAUGACUGUGACCAUGAGCGGACUGAAGAAGGAGAACACAGGCUGGUACUGGUGCUCAACAAACGACCAGCAGAUGCCUGUUCAUAUUACUGUACAUCAUACUCAGGCGCUGGUCACCGCAGAGACGGAUCGGAUCACACCCACAGCCCGGAAGAGGACGGCUAUUUUCUUUCUGUUGCCUGUGGUUUUGGAAAUUCUCCUGAUCAUAAUCAUUUACUCAGCACUGAAACUGCUUACAUUUUGCAAAGAAAGAUGCCUGACAUCUGUGAAUGAAGAGGAAAGUCAGUACAUAACGAUGCACAGGAGCCGAUCCUCACCCUCAUAUGGUGGUGCUUCUGGAGAAGGAGCUUAUGAAAUCAUGGCUGAACUCAAGAGAAACACUGAGCUGCCUGCUUCUGGUCAUAAAUCCACCGGCCCAACUUUGGCCAAACAAAGUGAUUUAUCAAAUAUGCCUCAAAGAGAGUCGGAUUAUGUGAACUUCAGACAGACGUGACUUGGCGACAUCAGAACUGCAGAAAUCCUCUGAUUCAUCAGCCGUUCACAGGAGUCUUCCUUAAAUCUCAACCAAGCCUGAGUGAUGUGUUAAAGAGACUGUAUAAAGCAGGCAGGAAUAUCUUUCAUCACUGUUCAAGUCAUUCUAAUAUGCCCUAUAAAGGGUCCUCAUCUGCAGUUCAUGACUCGAGCUUCUGUAAUUACAUAUUCGUUCCUCAAGGGGGCCUCAGAGACAUUUAUCAUGAUUGAUGUAAUGUUGUGUGCCUUCAUGAAUGAGUGUAUUUUCAUUACCAUGACUCAGUUUAACAGUAUUUUGUCAGUUUGUAAAUAGUGGAAUUUUGUGGAAGCCCAUUUCUGCCACAUAAGAAAAAAACAUGCUUUUCUAAAUCAUAACUGUAAGAUAAAAAGUAUGAAAUGAUGGCAUACUAAGUCAUAUUUAUAAGAUGAAAAGCCAAAAUGAUGACAUAAGUCAAAAUUAGGACUUAAAAGGCCAUAAUUGUCACAUAGAAAGUCAUAAUUAUGACAAAGAAAGUCAUAGUUUUUAUCUUAUAAUUUUGACUUUUUAAUUUAAAAUUAUGAUUUAGUGUGUCAUACUAGGGUUCUCAAAUCUACCGACGUCAUGCAAAUCAGGUCCUCGCUUGAAAUCGGGUCUCCCCAAACUGUCAUUCAAUGAUUAUCCUAAGUAAAUACGAAUGAUUUUAAUUUAAAAUACGCAUAGCUUACUAUAUAAUGUGUGCAAAAACACAUUAAUGCAUAAUAAAACUAAUUGAAUGUAAUUUUUUUUACUGUUAAUUAAUAAAUAAUAAUAAUAAUAAUAAUAGCCUAUAGUGAAUAACUGAACAUCAUUAAUUUGUUUUAUUUAUAACUCAAAUAUUUGGAUAUUUAAUAUUUAAUUUAACAUGUAAUUACAUUAAAGAUAAUUGUGAAUAAUUGCUUAUCUGUAUGCUAUGCUUGUAUAUAAGCUAACUAAUACAGACAUAAAUGGUCAUUAUAACAGUAUUUAUCAUAACAUGAUUUUCAGGCGCUAAAAAGAGUACCUAUUAAAAGCAAUUUGGACCAAUGGGAUCGCUUGGGGUCCUAAAGGAGACCCGAUUUCGGUACCCGGUACCAGUUUGUACUAAAAGAAAAAGAAAAAAGUUAACAUUACCAGCUUUUCUGCAGUACAGUAGCAGCAUCAAAGGUUUCUAUUUACAGCAUGUUUUUAGAAGUGUUGAGCCAAUCACAAUCAUCUCUGUUGAGCGCGUGAACGCCGUGGCCAAUCAGAGGUGCUCAGUAGUCAGAAUCCACUCGACACCAUUUUAAAUGCCGUCAAAUAUCAACUCGAUCUCAUGGCAAUUCGUACGUAUUUUAAGAGGUGGCUAAUUCAUAUGAAUUUAUACGACCUCACUCGUACGAAUUCAUCCGUUUUUUGCUAAAUCGUACAUAUUUGACAAAGAAUUCAUACGAAUGACCUACCCCAAACCCCGCCCCUAAACCUACCCGUCACUGACGUUUAGACAAAUCGUACUAAUUAGCCACCUCGUAAAAUACGUAUGAAUUGGUCAUGAGAUAGUGUUGCAAAUACAGUGUUUUGGAUGUAAACGUGAUUUAUCUAUUGCAUGAUUUUGACCCUUUUGGCUUGCCAUAUCUCGUGCAUAUAUUUUUAAAAACAACAAUGGAAAAAAAUGUGAAAAAUCAUAUUAAGUUGAAAUUUUUGAAUUAUGGUUCAGGGCAGCCACCUCCCAAAUGAAAGUACCCAAUAAAUGAUGAUUUUAUAUAUAAAGCUUACUGAUGUUUUAAAUAUUAUUGUGGGAUUCAAUAGAUAAUAAAAGGAUCUUAGUAAACAUUAAAGAUUUGAAUACUUAAAUGCUUUUUAAAUGUGUGGGACAGCAGUUUACACCAAUUCUGUAGAAUGGCCCAUAUAUAACAGUGUGUGUGUUGUUCAUUAUAUCUGCUGAAACAACAGACCAGCUUUGGUUGAUUUAAGAUGCUUUUUGUUUGUUUCAGAAGGUUUAUGACUGAGUCAUGAUAAAUAAUUAAGAAUUUAAUUGAAUUAAUUCUGAGAGCAGCUGCCCUGCAGCAUUCAGUAAUUGUUUCACCAUCUUGAGUGUUUCUCUCACCUUUCUGUUUCUUCAUAAAGCACUGAAUGAUUCAUGCUGUGAUGAGUUAAACUUCUCAUUUUAUGAAGAAAAUGUGGGUGCAGUAAGAAUUUUCCCAUUACUGUGAAUGUCAGAAGCUUUCCUAGUAAUUUCUACCUUUUUGUAAAACAAAUGUGUUUAAUUGGACUGAAUGUGCACUUGUGGUGUACUUCAGAUCUUAAAGUAUAUUUUAAAAACCUGUACUUGCUGAUAAUAUAAUAAAAUAAAAUAAAAGGCCACUUUUUACA